CUUCCCGACAGUGUCAACAAAGUGCAGGUGCGCUGAUGCAUGGUAUUUAGUAUUCUAUUAAUUAUUUACGUCGGUGUGAGAGGCCGUUGAACACCAACAUGUCGACGUCAAAGGAAAACAUGCAGAGACUGCAGGAGGAAUUUGACCUCCUGGAGGCGAAACAACAAGAUGUUAGGGGGAACUUUAAGCGACUGGAGACAGCCAAAAAGGAGAAAGAUGCUAAAGUUAUCAUGGAGAGUCUAUUUGACCAGCUUAAGGAGGCAAUCGGCAUGUACGAUGAUGUAGCCAAGGACAUGGAAGACAUGUUUCAUGAUGUUCGAAAGAAUCUAGGUCGACGGGAGGAUGGAAGUGUCAGGAAACGACCGCCACUCUCGCCAGAGGAACAAGAAUUGACGUAUGAACUCAAAGCACAAUUGAUGAGGAACGUUGAAACGCAAAAUCAGAGAUUAAAAUCAGAAAUAUCUUUACACGAAAAAAUGUCAGAGGCCAAGAAUCAGAAUCAACAAAACAAAAAGGUGACAGAGGAUGCCUCGCUUUCGAAAACAAAUUCACUCCGACUCAUGAAGAUGUUUGAGAAGAAGGCAAAAGAUUCCGAAACAAAGUUAAAAGACAUGCAAUCCGAGCUCUCCAAAUCCCAACAGUUAGCGAAAAAGUACCAACAGUUAUACGAGAUGGAAAAGAGGAAGAUGGGAGGCGGAGGGGCGGAGGGUCCACGCGUCACGCCCAUUUCUAUGGAAUCUGAAGGGAGAGCCACGCCUAAGAUACCAAACCAAUCCUCGUAUUCCUUCUUAGGUUCAGGCCAACGGGUUAACGACAUUGUCCGCAAAAACGAGGUGUUACUGGAGGAAAAUGAUGUAUUAAAACGGGAAAUUCAUCGUCUUAAACAUGACAACAUGACCUUGAUUAAGAAGGCUAAGCACGCUAUGACUGACAAAGAUGGACUAUUGACACGGCUAGAGACCAGUGAAUCGAACAGAAAACAGUUACAUAAAAGGCUGGAUAGAGAGAAAACACAGCAUACUAUGUUGUCUCGAAGUUUGACGCGACAGGCAUCGGACUGGAUAGUUUUGAAAAAGCAACUUGCUCAAUUUGACGAAGAGUAUAGAUGGAGUCAGUUACAGAAAAGCAAGCAUACAAACGGUAGGCCCUGUAAAUCCGCACGGAGCAGAACAACGCAUGCACAUGCACCAAGGGACUAAAAACGUAUAUUUGCCUAAGAAGAUGUUACCAGUGGAAUCGUGGGGGCAGGCUAACCAGACAGUUGCUACGCCUUCUCGCUAACUGACACGUGGAGAACAAAUGUGGUUUCUUUAAGAGAAGUGUGAAAGGAUUUCAUUGGAUGUCGUUAUCCUCAUAUACACUAGUUUGUGUUGGUCUUUCCUAUUGGUCGCACUUUGAUCAGAGACGUGCUGCAGUGCGCUCACCAACAUUAUUUUAGUGCAAACGUGAUUGUGUACUACAUGACAUUAAUAUUUUGGUGAAGUUGUUGAUGGCAUGUGCCAGACCUAUACAUGUAACACAUCUGGUAUCAUAAGGCAUCACAUAUCAGGUAAUCCGAAGGUUCUCAUUCCUAUGCCUGAUAAAGGCAAAGAAUAACUCGUCGGGUGGUGAGAACCCUUCGGACUAUAGGAUGUACUCUUCUCGUUAUUUUGGUUAUUCAAUAUGCAUUUAUUAUGUACAACAUGGAUGUUUACAAGAAUAAUAAGUUUGGUUUAUCACAAAUGGAUCCGGCGAUAUUACAAAGUUCAUUUUGUAACAAUUAUAGAUAUCACUAUCAACUUUUCACUUAUAUUGCUUAUACCGGAUAUAACACAGAUGUGUCAAAACAUAACUCUAACUUAUGUAACCCGUAUCAUUGAAUGUUGAUAUUCACACUGCGACCUUGUACAAAAAUAACUGAUUGAAACUAAUGCUGUUUAAUUUACGUACAAUUAUUUAAAUGUUCUUGUUAAAUCCAAUAUCAUUACUAGAAAAUCAUCUUAAUUUGCUCAACGUUUAUUUUGGAAAGGUUUCAUUUUAAUUUCGCUGUACAAGUAUAAUGCUUAACAGUGCGAAUGUUAUGUAACCGAAUCAACAUAAAGCGAAUGACAUGAGACCAAACCAACAAAGGUCGCAAUAUCGGUGUAUUGUUUGUCAGAUGGUACGACUAUAAUUACGUACGGACAUUCAAUGGCAACACCUGCUUAGGUGUUCUCUAAUCACGAUAAUCCAUUGGGGAGGAUUACGUUAAUCAGGAUACUGUACUUUGUUGCGGUAUGAAAUGGGUAUUGUAAGUCCUAUCAUACUGAUUACAAUACGUGCGUAUACAUUAUAGAUUUUCAUGGGUAUUUCUUGUCGGGUUAAGUAACUCUUUAUAAUCGAGGCCGAAUAUUAUUACGUCGAAAAUAAACGACCAGUCCUCAUAGGAAGCAAACAUUAAAUAUAUACCUAAACAAUUUCAUUGGGUGCAUUUUUCUUCUUAAUACGACCUUUUUGCAUGCUAUGAAUAUUCAUCAAAAUGCCUUUAUUCUGUUUGAAGGCCUUGUGAUAGCAAGGGUUGUCAUCUGUAUAUAAAUUGAUAUUUCUUGUGGCAUUGAAAGCAUUAUGGAAAUUGAAUGGUAGGCCAUUUGUGUAGUGUAUAUUUUUAUUGUAAGUGCUUCCAUGAGGUAUAUUUAAUCCCUAAUAACGUAGAUGUGUAAACAAUGGGAGAAGAAAGUGUUGUUCGAGAGAGAAUUGUACACGGCGUGAACAAUGUCACAUAGUACCAAUGGUUUCCGCAAUAUGAUUUCCUGGUUAAUGCGGAUGGCAUUUAAAAAUUGACAGGUUCAUUAGUAUAGUCCAAAACUGUCCAUUGUUACGAUAAUACUUGUACAUCAUUAGUAUUGGAUUUAAUCACGAUUGUAUUUUCUGUCUAAAUUCCUUAGUUAUAACGACUCGACAUCCUCGCCCUAUAUGUUUCGCUUGUUAGAUAUAUGACUAGCUUCAUCUUGCACAUUUUAGCUAGUGUAGCUCUCAGCAUAACUGGUGAUAUUUUAUAUUUGGUGCAGAAUAUUUGAUGUUUCUAUAAAACCGUCGAGGUAACGUUAAGUCGGCAACUAAUAUUUAUUUCUCAACCUUCCAUUUAAGUCACAUAUUCAUACUUCGUUGAUGGCAUUGGACUCGCUCUCAUCCAAUCAAAUGUCACUAUUUCUGGUAGUUUAGCUGCACGUUAAUUGCAUUUCAAUAACAGGAUGAUAUAUAUAAAUUAAAAACGUAAUGUUGUUUUAUAGGAAACGGGUCUUUUUUCUGAUAUACAAUGUAGUGCCGAGAUCGUCCUAUAUGAUACUUAUAUAUUGUUUAUACUGAGUUUUUCUGACUUAUAUCUGUAUUACCUAUAUACUAUAUGUAAGUCCCUGUAACCUACCUCAAAGGGAUUCCUUAAUAAAAAAAACUUAUAGGACAAUACACUGCUGGGAUUAUUGUCAAAUGUUGCCUUUGUACGUAUACUGCUGGAAUAGUUUGUCAAAUUUUACCUUAAACUGCUGAAAGGGUCUUGUAUUACUACUGGACUAUGCUGUAGAGGGUUUGCUUCUCUGAUCUUCAUUUAGAAAAUAGAAAUAUUUCAGGAUUUUAAAGUUGAAAAUAUAUAAAAUGCGUAUUAUGACCCGUUUACGUCCGAUACGCGACCAUUGUGCCACAGUAAUUUUGCCGAAGAAACAUUCCCAUGUUUCAAAUCUGUUUCAAAUAUAGUGUACAUUCCAAAGACAUGCCUGUAAUAGUCUUUCCCAUACGUGCUCUAUCAUACAAUGAUAUUGGAGAGACAAAGACUGUUUAUGUAACAGCUCACUAUGAUGUUAGACGCUCGUUCUAUCUGAGUAAAUCAUGUACAUACAUUUAUUGUUACAUUUUGUAAACUUAUGUGAUCAUUUGAGAGAAAUUCGGAAUAAAAACAUGUUCACCAGAAAU